AUGAAUACAUUAAGGUGUUUAACACAUGCGCUAUCGAAAAGUGGAAGAGAAGCUCCAAUACUAUAUCAAAAGGUACUAUUCCCAGAUUUGUUCAAAGAGAAUAAGCCCGUUGCAGAUGUUAAAAAGGGGAACCAAGGGAAAAUCAUUAAUUCUAAAUCGGUGUCACGAGAUGAAGGAGUAAGGAAGAUGUCAAAGUCAGGUUUCAAGUUUGAAAGGGAGCAGGCCAGGGAGUACCUUUCAAAUCUCCCGACUUUGACACUUUCCAGAAAGGAAAUUAGGGACGACUACAACGAGGACCGUGCAAAACAAAUGUAUGUAAUCUCUAAACAAACAAAAUCAUCGAACAAGCUUCAGAAACUUCUAACAGCAAAGUCUCAAGAAUAUACGAGAGAAAUGCUGGCAUUACUGAUAGGCUGUACAUCAGGCGAAGUGAGUUCACGGCCUGAACGUUUUACUCGUAAGUUUCUCAAAUUCAGCAACCAGGAAGUCCCUCCUCUCCCUGAUUUUUCAAAGAAUCCUCAGUUAUUCGAAAACUAUAUUGGAAUAUUAACUCAUACAGAGUUUCAUUUUCGCUCAUCUUCAAAACUAAAUGGCAUUGUACGAAAAUUAUUGCGACACUUACUUCAUCCAACCAACCAUACUACUCUACCAUUACGUUCCGUCCAAGUCUACAACGACGUGAUAUACUUUUUUAGCGAACACUUCGAUUUUGCAACUUGUAGAGAGAUAUUCGCACAAAUGAAGGCCGAAGGUGCAAAACCAAACACAGUCACUUUCAAUAUUUUAUUGCGAAGUAUAAUCAAAAACUCACAUAUCAGAAAAACCAAACUUCCUGACGAGGAAGUGCUGUUUUAUCUGAGAAAUAUGCGAGACCACGGAGUCUCUGCAGAUAUUAUAACUUGGACGACGUGCUAUAAUUUUCUUCGCGAUGAAAUUUCGAGGCAAUUGUAUAUUGUACAAAUGGGUGAGCAUUUAGGAAAUUUCAACACAAAUUUUGUCUACACUGUGCUGAGAAAUGGUGAUUAUAAAGCUGAAGAUUGUUUGAAAGUCUUAGCAACAAAUUCGUUACCCAUUUCGCGAAAUAUUUUUUACUUAUGCAUAGAAAGAUUAUUGAGCGAGGAACAGCUCAAAGCCGCGUCCAAAUUACUUAAUUAUGGCUAUCAACACUUAGGAAAUAAUUUUAGAUUAACUUCGGAAGUAGUUAACCAUUUUAUGCGCAUAUUCGCCAAUAAGGGAAGGAGUGACUUGGCGUUUCUCUGUUAUAAUACCUGUUGUAAGGUUUACAAAAUUAAACCAGAUUCUGAAACAUUUGAAAUGCUAUUCAAAGCUUUAGUGAGAAACGGUAACACGAAAAACUUCGGUACGGUUCUCCGGUAUAUUAAAGGGUUAAAGGCUGCUGAAGGAUUCGUUCUGCGUACAACUUAUUGGAGUCUCAAAGCGGAAUCAAUGUUCAAGAUUAGUAGCGCUACCCCUCCGUCAGAAAGUUCACUCGAAAAAGCAAGCAAAUUGCUGGGCAGUCUAGUCUCUUCCCCGGGUGGAUUUUCAUGGAAAGUUUGGAAGGAAAGCGAUUCUACACAAAAGAAAAUAUUCCGGUUUUUAGGUUGUAUCCCCACAACUCUACGCCCCACAAGUAUGGUGCAGUGCCACAAUAAGCCCUUGGGUUUACCUUCGGAGCUCUCCCACAGAAAAAGAGAGUACCGAAACCGGAUCAAAGCGAUAGCAACAAGGGCUGCAUUUGAGAAGAGAUUGGCAUACGUCGAAGACAAUGAAUCAGCCUUCAAGAAUGAGCUACUUGAAAGAAGGAUAUUAAAAGAGGUUUGA